AUGUCAACCUCACAAUCACCACCACCGGGCCCUUCCCAACAACCACCACCCCAAGCCACCACCUCAUCACAACCCGACGACCUCGAAGUCGUAACCGACGACAACGACAGCGACUACUCCUCCAUCGACUCGGAAAUCCCCUUUUCCACCCCCAAUCUCCCCCCUUCCAUGACCACAAUGAUGAUAGACAGCCUCUUCACAACCCCACCCCCCCUCCACGACCCCCUCAUCACCCCAACCUCCACCCUCCAAGACGAGACCCUAUCCGACAUUCUCCCCUUCCUCUCCUCCUCCCCCCUCCCCCCCGAUCUCUUCACCUACAACGCCUACAACGUCCCCUCCCUCCGCCGGGAGGCUCACAUUGCCUUUCUUCAUGCCUCGCUCGGUAGGUUGCCAGGGAAGUUUGUCGCCGCGGACGCGAGCAGGCCCUGGUUUUUGUACUGGUGUCUUAGCGGGUUGGCCAUGUUGGGGGAGGACGUGAGCCGGUAUAGGGAUAGUGUAAAAGAGACGGCGAGGUCGAUGCAGAAUGGGAGUGGGGGGUUUGGUGGUGGGGGUGGGCAGCUGAGUCAUCUUGCUACGUCGUAUGCGGUGGUGCUGGCGUUGGCGAUUGUUGGGGGAGAGGAAGGCUUUGAGGUUAUUGAUAGGAGGCAGAUGUGGAGGUGGCUGGGGGGGUUGAAGCAGAGGGAUGGUGGGUUUGAGGUUUCUGUUAUCAUCACGCUGCUCGAUCUGCCGCUCGAUCUAACUCCCGAAUCGCCCGCAUAUAAACCCGACGACCCGAGUUUUAACCUCCUGUCUGGAGUAGCUGACUACGUUCGACGAUGCCAAACCUACGAAGGCGGGAUAUCCUCCUCCCCCUCCGCCGAAGCCCACGGCGCCUACGCCUUUUGCGCAUUGGGGUGCCUCUCCCUCCUCGGCCCCCCGAGUAUCACCAUCCCCCAAACCCUCAACCUCCCCUCCCUUCUGUCAUGGCUCUCUAGCCGGCAGUACGCCCCCGAAGGAGGCUUCUCGGGGCGGACCAACAAGCUCGUUGAUGGGUGUUAUUCCCACUGGGUCGGGGCGUGCUUCCCCUUGAUCGAGGCCGCUCUGGCCAAUUCCCCAACUCCGGUGAAUGACAGUUUGUUCAGUCGGGAGGGGUUGAUACGUUAUAUUCUGAACUGCUGUCAGGAUGAGACUAAGAGGGGGGGGCUGAGGGAUAAGCCGGGCAAGAUGAGUGACGCGUAUCAUAGCUGUUAUGUGCUGAGUGGUUUGAGCGCGGGGAUGCAUCAGUGGGUGUUGGAAGACGAGGAGUGGAUGGUGCUGCCUUAUUUGGAAGGGGAGCAGGUUUUUGAGAAUGCGGAUCGGGUGAGGCCGGUGCAUCCUGUUUAUGUGAUCCCGCAAGGGGCGGUGAGGGCGAUGAGGGGGUAUUUUAGGGGGAAGGGGGGGUUUAACUGA